CUUGAUUGUGUAGUAUUUACGUUCAUUUCAUAACCUUUGGGUGUCACUAUUACAUAAGGAAAAGAUAGAAGACUUUGUCCCUCCCAUCAAAAAGCUUUUGUUUGCCAUCUAGAGAAAGGCAGGCAUUUGAAUCAAGCACGCCAGCCGCUGGAUUCAUCUUCUACAAUUUGUAAUUAUGCCAUAUACAACGGGUUGGAUAUAAAGAUUUUUUUGACGCCAUAACUCCUUUUAUGUUUUUCCUCUAUGUUGUAAUAUAACGAUGGGGACAGACAGAAAAAGUAGAACGAGCGAGAAGUGGUCUUUUGUCUUUAAUGUUGGGUUACUGCUUUUUUUCGGAAAGCAAGCUUUUGCUCAGAUAAGAUACUCAAUUCCAGAGGAGGUGAAAGAAGGACACGCUGUUGGAAAUGUUGCGAAGGAUCUUGGCCUCGAAAUCACCUCGUUAAGUGACCGACGGUUCCGUGUUGUGUCUGAAUCAAAGGAGACAUUUUUUGAGGUAGACUCGGACAAUGGGGCUCUAUACGUUCAUAAGAAAAUCGACAGAGAGGAGCUCUGUCAGGGCAGUGGUGCAUGUCUAAUGGAGCUUAAAAUCCUUGUUGAAAACCCCUUGGAAAUGCACUACGUAGUUGUAGAAAUUAUUGAUGUAAAUGAUCACUCUCCUAGUUUCCCUGAAAAAGAACAGACGUUUGAAAUAGCUGAGCACACACUACCAGGAAAGCAAUUUCAACUGCACACUGCUCGUGACCCCGAUGCUGGAAUUAACUCUAUUCGUACAUACACUUUGACAGCAAAUGACCAUUUUCGCCUGGAAACAGAAGAAUUUGGGGAGGAUGGAAAGGUUCCAUUUCUCAUCUUACAACGACCUUUGGAUAGAGAACACACCGCUCAACACUGGCUACUCUUAACAGCCAAUGAUGGAGGUAAACCUUCAAAAUCUGCUACUAUUAACAUCACUGUCAUUGUGUCUGAUGUAAAUGACAACUCUCCAGUGUGUGAUAAACCGAAAUACACCAUUACAAUAAAGGAAAACGCACCUGCAGGGACAUUUCUGCUGACAGUAAAUGCAUCUGACUCAGAUGAGGGAAUGAACAGUUUGAUUGAAUAUUCUUUACGGAGUAAACUUAGAAGACCGUCAUCUGAACCAUUUGACUUAAAUAGCAGCACCGGAACACUUACAGUAAAAGGGGGCCUUGAUUACGAGGAAAAGCAAGUCUAUGAAAUUAAGGUACUGGCUGCGGACAAAGGUGCUGUGUCUCUCUCCACACACUGCAACGUGGUUGUUAGAGUGGAAGACGUGAACGAUAAUAAACCUGAAAUAGACAUCACAUCACUUUCAAGUCGCAUUCCAGAGGAUGCACCUCCUGGCACAGUGGUGGCGUUGAUGGAUGUGACGGACCUUGACUCGGGUGUGAACGGACAGGUGGUCUGCAGUGUGCCUAGCUAUUUACCUUUUGAGUUAAAGCCAUCCCCGGACGGACAGUCAUACUCUUUGGUCACGAAGGACUAUCUAGAUAAGGAAACCAUGCAUAUAUAUAAUAUUACAAUAACGGCUAAGGAUUUAGGGAACCCCGUUCAGUCAUCUACGAAGGUAAUACAGGUAGAUGUGGUAGAUGUUAAUGACAACAGUCCUGUGUUCACUGAAAGCCCAUAUACUUUCUAUGUACCUGAAAACAACAAGGCUGGAAUUUCAAUAUUUUCAGUGAGCGCGGGAGAUGCUGAUGGAGGCGAAAAUGCAGCAGUCACAUAUUCACUCGACCGGAAGAUUCCAGGGCCCACUCUAACUUCCUUUUUAAAUAUAAAUGAAGCCGAUGGCACCAUUUCAGCACUAAAAGGUUUCGACUUUGAAACUCUGAAAAUGUUCCAGUUCCAAGUUGUUGCCACAGAUUCUGGAACUCCGUCACUAAGCAGCAACGUCACAGUGAACGUGUUC